GAGGCUGCUCAGUCUUCGGACGACUGUAGUUAGUCACCUCUUGGAGGAUCAAUAAAUUGUAAACACAUGUGAACGAAUUAAUUACAAUUGUAAUUUUUAAUUAACUAUUUAACUACAAAUGAAUUUUUGUUCUCAAGAAUUAGUUGAUUGUUUAGGGAACAAUUCGAAACGAGGUUGAAGAUCAUCUUUAUCCGAAUUUCUAUCCUCAUCGUUGGUUUGUUUACAUCGAUCAUAUGUUUUUCUCUUGAUUUGUUUGUCAAUUUGAUCUUGGUUAAGGUUAACUUAAAUUCAACAAUUAAAUUGUCCACCAUUUUAUUGGAAAGUUAUUUAGUCAUCUAAAAUUUAACUAUCUCAAUGAGUUUCAUCAUUAGUUGAAUUUUCCAAGAAUGGUUGAUAAAAAGUUUGGUAAAUCUGAGAAUAAUCAACAAAUUGUUCAUGAUGCUGAUUUCCCUCAAAAAUAUUGUAUUUACAUUUUAAGAAAAUUUGAUUUUGAAAAUUUCUACAACACUAAAUUCAUUGAUAAUCAAAUCACCCGGAGAACUGCUUUCGCUAUUCGUGCUUUUAACACCGAAAUAUCACAAAUUCGAGAUGUAACAACUCAAGAUCAAAUCGCCCGGAUGAGAUUCCAAUUCUGGUAUGAUGGUAUUGAGAAUGCAAUGAAUGCGGAACAAUCAAUUAAUCAUCCAUCGCCCAAACAACAACCGCUUCUCUACGAAAUUUCCGAGUGUAAUAGAUUAUGUGAUGGUCGAUUAUCAAAGAGAUGGUUCAAACGUUUAAUUGAUACUCGUGAUUCUCCUGAAGGAUUAAGUAAUUUUCCUUUCACAACUAUUCAAGAAUUGGAAAGUUACAGUGAGAAUUCAGUGUCACCCGUUUUUUACCUCAUCUCAGAGGCCAUUUUAUCCCAAAUUACAUCAUCUAAAUCUACACCCGGUAUUCAAUUGAAAUUGGAUCACAUUGGAAGUCAUAUUGGUAAAGCUCAAGGAUUAGCUAAUGUCGUUCGAGGGAUAAUCCAUAAUGCCAAAUAUAAUCGUUGUUAUAUUCCCUCGGAACUUUUAGUCAAGCAUAAUGUCACCCAUCAAGAUUUAAUCAAAAUCAAUGAUAAACCAGCAAUCAAAGUGAUUGAUGUUUGCUAUGAUAUUGCCUCCCUUUCCCACCAGCAUAUAAUUAAGGCUAAAAAAUUGACUCAAGAUUCAUCUUUAGGACAAUUUAGCUCGAUAUUUUUACCAAUAAUUACAUUAGAAAGAUUUUUGGACAAAUUGAGACGAAACAAUUUCGAUGUGACAAAAACAACUUGGGGACGAAAAGAUUUAUUUUUCCCUUUGGUUUUAUUUGGUCGAUCAAGAUUAUGGAAAUUGGGUCGAAUUAUCUAAUACACAAUUAAAUGUAUUUAAAUGUCUCAAUCAAAAGUGAAAAAGUAUCACAAUUAAAUCGGAAAAUAUAAUUGUUAACAACAGUUUGUUUUCUGUUCAAUUAUGUAAUCGUCCCUCUAAGUAAAUCUUCAAGACAAAAAUUCUUGUCAACAUUUCAACAAUUGAA